AAAGGGAAGUUGAAAGAAGUGGGAGAGGGAGAUCGCAGACGGAGUCUUAUGAAAUCUAACGUUACGGCAGCUGGCUGGAUGCUCGACACACUGUGGAAGAGACACUGAAGUGCUACUAAUAUUGUCCUGGAGACAACAUUCGCAUUAACUAGGUCCCUCUUUUUUUUUGGUAGGUAUUUUGUGCAGUUUUUCCACAGUCCACCAGCCUCCAGGUGAAGAGACCACAACAGUGUGACAUGGCAAGUAGAGGCGGAGCCACACGACCCAACGGGCCAAACGCAGGCAACAAGAUUUGCCAGUUCAAACUUGUGCUUUUAGGAGAGUCAGCGGUGGGAAAGUCGAGUCUUGUCCUUCGGUUCGUCAAGGGUCAGUUUCACGAAUUCCAAGAGAGCACAAUCGGAGCUGCCUUCCUGACUCAGACAGUAUGUUUGGACGACACAACAGUCAAGUUUGAAAUCUGGGACACAGCCGGCCAGGAGCGCUACCACAGUCUGGCCCCCAUGUACUACAGAGGAGCCCAGGCGGCCAUCGUGGUCUACGAUAUCACAAAUGAGGAGUCAUUUGUACGGGCAAAGAAUUGGGUUAAAGAGCUUCAGAGACAAGCCAGUCCAAAUAUUGUAAUAGCCCUGGCUGGGAACAAGGCGGACCUCGCAAACAAGAGAGCGCUGGACUUCCAGGAUGCACAGUCGUACGCAGACGACAACAGCCUGCUCUUCAUGGAAACCUCGGCAAAGACUUCUAUGAACGUGAAUGAGAUUUUCAUGGCCAUUGCAAAGAAACUUCCCAAGAACGAGCCUCAGGCGGCCGGAGCCAGCAGCGGACGGAACCGAGGAGUGGACCUGACGGAGACGGCUCAGUCCACCAGCCGCCCCUGCUGCAGUAACUAACUCGGCUCUUUACCACCCACAUCCGCCCCACCCACCCACCCACCCAGCCUCUCUGCUCCCUCCACCCCUCUCCACCCCAACAACACCUGGACAUCGGGCUCCUUGGCUUCCCAGACGUCAGACCUGACCUUCAACCUCACUCCCCUGGAAUAGCUAAAAGACUCUGUAUAGCUGCAUUUCUAAUACCUUUUUUUUUUUUUUUUUUUUUUGUUGAUGUUCUCUUUUUUUUUUUUAACUUUUUUUAAGAAGUGUAUAUCGGUAUAAUGGAUGCAUGUAUCACUACAACGCCUAAAAAAAACAAAAAAACAAACAAAAAACACAUUUUUAUCUCAUUCAGUUUGGAGACUAACCUUUGAUUUAAGGACGAGCGAGCGAGCGAGAAAAACCUCUGAACGUGCGAUUAUGUUUGAUUUGCCGAUGAGACGACGACGACGUAGCCUCGCCUCACUGUCACUGUCCCGGGGCUAAAGGGGGGAGGGAAAGGGAAAGGGGGGAGUCGACUGGACGUCUCGUCUGUAACGGUCUUUUUCAGUUGUGAGCUCACGAUUGGAAACAAAAAGGAAAAACUUCUCCCGCCUCCAGACGCCUGGUUUCUCCCUCCUUCACAUCUGCUACACACACACACACACACACACACACACACACACACACACACAAGAAGACACGAGUUGUUCACCUGAGGCUCCUGAUGGAAAAUGGCGACAAAGGGAGCGACACUCUGUCAUGUCCCGGGAGUUAUUUGUAAAUUAGGCUUUGCUCUAUUUUAGAAGACAAGAACGCUCUCAGGUUGUCGUCGACAGAAGUUAAUUUGUAAAAAAAAAAAAAAAAAAAUAAUAAAAACUGUCCAACAUCCUGCUUCGUUCUUCGCCGUUCAGGCGGCCGCUAGAAAUUUGGACUGCUGCCCACUGUCACAAGUCUGUAGAGGGGGGGGGGGGGGGAGAUAAUAAUAAUGAUAAAAAUAAUAAUAAUAAUAAAAAGAAUAUACUCUAAUGUUGUCAUAGGGUGCAAUGUUGUCGUCUUCUUCCUUUAGAGCAGCCUGCAGAGCCCCCGAGCUCACUGGGAAGUUUGUCCAGAGAUUCCGAACAAUUGUACAGUUCAAUAGAGGUCUUUUCUUUUUUAUUUUUUUUUAGUUUUCUUUCUAGACCUUGUCACAAACUGGUCAAAGCCGUGGUGGUCUUUUUAGGUAUAUGUAGUGUUAUUAACAAAAUCCCUCUCUGGUGUCUUGUUACCUUUUUUUUUUUGUUUUUUUGUUUUUUUUUCUCAGAAAUGAUCCGUGUUCGUUGUUUUUUUUUUUUUAACGGAUCUUUUAUUGCAUUGCACAGUGUUGAUCAUGUUUUAAUUAUUGAUGACUGCCCUUCUUUCUUUCGAUUUUAUAUGACGGACUGUAUUGGACUUGCUAACCUCCGGCUAUGAGCAGGUAGCAUAAUUAACCCUAACUGGUGGUCUCUCUCUUUCUCUCUCUCUACUCUCUCUCUACUCUAUCUCUUACAGCUCAAUGAAUUUUAAUGAUGUAAAACAGCAUUACUAGUGACGGGCUGAUCAGUUUUGAGUGUCUAUACAACUUAAUAAAUCCAAUAAAGAGG